UAGUUGCCGUUGUGCAGUUAAUUCAUCAACAAUGAAUUAUAUCUGUCAAUGUAAUUGAAUAGAUAAUAUUAAAAUUAUUUACAUUUAAGGACGCUCUAGCUGCAAAUUUCAUUUGGCAAAUUACAUCAUUAUGCCCGGUGCUUUGCUGAAUGAAAAGCGGCAAAUAAUAAAUAUCAUAAAACAUUUUAAAUUUGAAGAAUUAGAAAAUACUGUAGUGCCAGUUUUUCCCGAAACAUCAUGGAAAAAAAUCAGAACCGAUUUAAUAGAAAGUCAGCAAAGGCUGUCUGUUUUGAAUGUGACAAAAAUAAUAUCAAGACUAAUUGAUGAUCACAAUCUGACAAAUAAAGAUCUGAAAAAUCGUCUUUCAUUACUAGAAGUAAUAGACAUCAGUAGACAUCAUAUGAAAAAAACAUGGUAUACUUUUGAAAUGUUAAAAAUCAAGGAAAAGAUAAAUUUUAUGACAAAAAGUGAGGUAACAACAAGAAUUAUGGAAUUCUUUAGUGAACAGAAUGUAAGUGCUGAAGUAUAUACUGCAAAUUAUGACGGUUUUAUUUUUGUUGCAAUAAAAGAAAAACCAAAAUCAAAACAAAGAAAAACUGUUCGGCUUAUACCAAUUUGUUUUGCUCUAAUUUUGGGGCAGGAUCAUUUUUUCUGUUCUAAAAAAACUGUGACAAAUCCGUAUAUUAGAGUAAUUUCAAAUUCCAUGGGGUAUGGUGAAUAUAAACGAGUUCAAUUAUUUGGUAGAAAUUUACGAUCACUAUUUAAAUUGCUGUGGCAAAAGAGGCAAGGUGCAAUUAAUACUGAAACAAUGGAAGACGUACCAUAUCAAGAUCAUAAACCACUUAUCACGAGUACGGGUAUUAAUUUCACACAAGCUAUACAUAGAAAACAAUAUGUGAAAAACUUUUUUGGACCUGAUCCACCACAAGUGGAAACAUUAGCUUUACAAUGCGCAAAUUCCACUUGGUAUGAUGAGGAAACAGUUGAAAAAUUACCAAAUUAUAACUUAUGCAUUGGAUGGAAUUUUAAUAGUACAAAUGUUAACAAUUUAUUACAAAAUUUAAUAAAGGAAAAAGUUAUUCAAUUACCAAUGCCUGCAUAUUUAUCAAAAUGGACAACGUCAGGAAGGAAUUCUAUAAAAUUAGUGGAAACAUGAAAUUUAUUUUAUUAAUAAAAUCAUCAUUAUUUGAUGUAAAUUAGAAUCAAUUUAUUAAAAUUGAUAUCUAAUAUAGGUAAUGUCUAUUUUUUUCUAUUGAUUAAUUUUCUUUUGUUUAUUAAAAAUUUCCACUUUUACAAUUUUAAUUAAAAAAAAUGUAUAAAUUUCAAAAUUAAUAAAAAAAAAAAAAAUGUAAAUUUUUGUAAAAUUAUUAACAAUUGAAGUAAAUAUUAAUUAAUUUAAAAA